AAAAAAUAUAAAAAUAUAUAAGAUUCACAAGUUAUAUAGUCAUAACUCAUAAGUCAUAACUCUUAACUCAUCUCACUAGAAAAUAAAAACACAAUACUUGGUAAAGUGCCUGACUCAUCCACUUUUUCUGUCAAUUGUCAUCACUCAUCUCAAUUCAGAAGAAGUAACAGAAGCAACAUGAGUUCAAAGAUUUUUACUUUUGAAGAUGUGGCUAAGCACAAUCACAAGAAUGAUUGCUGGCUUAUAAUCAAUGGAAAGGCAUAUGAUGUUACCCCAUUUUUGGAUGACCAUCCAGGAGGCGACGAAGUUUUGCUAACAUCAACAGCAAAGGAUGCUACCAUUGAUUUUGAGGAUGUUGGCCAUAGUGACUCUGCUGUAGAGAUGAUGCAAAAAUACUUGGUCGGCGAGGUAGAUACCAACACACUUCCGGCAAAAGCUAAACACAAUCCACCACCACCAACACUAGCACCUUCCUCUAGCAACCAAUCCUCGGCCGGAUUCGUCCUUCAAUUCUUGCAAUACGUGCUGCCGUUGCUGAUAUUGGGAUUUGCAUUUGCUCUGCAGUACUAUGGCAAGAAAACAAAGCCAGAAGAAAACUGAGAAUAUGAGCUUGAACCAUGGUUUUUGGUAUAUCCAUUAUUAUUAUUAUGAUUAUUAUUAUUAACACAAAUAUCAUUUUGGUAAUCAUAGACUUGAGGCAGUGUUGUUUUAACUUGGUUACUUUAGACUUUAUAGUAUGUGAAUUUGUUGAAGUGAAUUUCAUCAUAAGCAUUGUGGGUAGUCUAAAUAUUUAUGCUAUUAUUAUGUUAUAUGCCAUGUUUAAUUAUGUAGCCAUGGCUAAAUGCAUUUUUUAUGAAGAGAAACGGGUCAACAAACCUUACUUAGAUCAAAGGCUUUCGG